AUGUCGCGCCCAUUCAAACCACGAGAUAUCGCCUGUGCCCGCUGUUUCCGUCUGAAGCGCAAAUGUGACCACGUGAAGCCCACCUGCGGCGAAUGUCGCCGAAAAGGUGCAGAGUGUCUGCCUGCUAGAUCGUGCAAGUCUGGAGAUAGCAUCACCAUCCCGGUCGCAUACCUGAAAGACCUCGAGAGGAGGGUAGCCGAGUUGGAAGGUUCACAUUCAGGGACAAACCCUGGUGUAGAGCUAUGUGACGCGGGCGUACAGACUAAUUUUGUGGAGAAUGGUUGUGAUGAGGCGGGUAUAGCACCGAAUGCGCCAUCGCCAUGUUGGGCUAAUGGGGCGGACGAGAGCCAAGCGCUGGUACUCUCGUCUGCUGUGCAGCCUCAAAUCCCGAUUUCUCGACUAUCACCGUUUUCACCGUCGUCGCUUUCGGAUUCCAUCUUCCAAUUGAAUGACGAAACACUGGAUUUCCUUCGCCUCGAUAAACCAUCCUUUCCCUUGGUUGGCGAGGACUCCAUCUGGCUCACAGAGCUUUACACAAAUAUAUACUUUUCAAUAUCACACCGCGAGUGGCCCUUCUUGAACGAAUCUGCUUGGAAGAUAUGGCAUCGCGAGGAGGGUAUAACGGGACAAGAAGAGUGGCGAUUUUUCUUUCUCCGCAUGGUGUAUGCCAUCGGGGCAUCCCUCUGCAGCACAAUGCACCGAGACCCGGCACAUUUGACUCGCUCAAAAGAACUGUAUGCUUCUGCAAUGAACUAUUAUCCACAUGUGGUGGGCCAUCCAUCCAUGGUCCUCCAAGUUCAAGCAUCCCUGCUACUGAUCGUCUAUGCAUUGCAUUCCCCGUCGUCAGAGGAGAUCGCCACGACGGUCUCCUCGAUAUUACCAUUUUGCACCGCCGCAAUUACACACCUUCGAAAAUACGUCCGCAUUGAACGGGAUGACGAAACGGGUGCCGCUUCUGGCGAGGUCAUGUCCGAGAACAUGUUCAUCGCAUGCUACAUGCUGAAUGAGGUUAUUGCCUCUGGAUGGGACAGACCCGUGUCUCCUUCAUAUCGAAUCGUGGAUGAUGAUCUUUGCGUUCUAGGAGACACGAUCCAGCCCCCUGGUAAUGCGAAUCCCGCACUGGGUCAUCUAUUCCGACUGCGAAAAAUUCAAAAUAACAUUAGGAGAUCACUUGAACGAUCACGUUGGCGAUAUACUGAAGAGAAAGACGCUUUCAGCUCGUCACUCAAGUCUGCUCUGGAUAUCUGGAGAAAGGAUAUACCCCGUUACGGAACUUCGAAUGUUUCCAGUGGGUUUUGUCACCCAAGCUGGAUGACGAAGUUGUAUGAUUAUAGUAUUCUUAUAUUGAUGGAAGAGAAGCGGAACUUCCUUGAUCACGAGGGAAUGGAAGAGAUAUUCUCGGCUGUGGUGGAAGUCUGCUUGCAGUUCCGUCGAUUACAGGAGGAGGGGCAUGUGAUGUGCUUUACUUGGUCUGCGUUGGUGUUCCAGUUUAGAGCUGCUAUCAUGCUCCUCUACUUGAUCUGGGCAACAAGACCCAUCAUGGACGAUCUGAUCAUACAGGUUCAGAAUUCUUACGACUCGCCAGAAGCUAUUGACGCCUGCUUGAAGAAUUUCGCAUGUUUUGCAGAACGCUGGGAGGAUGCUGUACCAUACUACGAACUGUUCCAAUUUUUGCAUAAGCAGAUCCUGCAGCCUACUGGCGCACCUGCAAUGGAGAUCGAUCUUCCUGGCUUGGCGGAGGCAGAGGCUCACUUGGACCAGCUGAAGAAGAAGUAUCUACAUCGGGCGAUCUUGGGAAUGAUAGAGGAUAUGAUGUAUGGAGGAUUCGUACAGUAUGAAGCGCUACCAGACAAUCUUGUGACUGAAGUAGUGUGAAUGAUGUUAUGAUAUGAAUUUAAGACUAUUUACAUGAUAAGAUACAGAACCGAUGAAAAAAUAG